AUGGUACAAGCAAGUCAUGUAGAUGAGUCUACUGAUGAAUUUAAAACUAAAGAAAAUUCACCACCUUCAUGGCUAAAACGAGCACGAAUAAUUGCUGCUUUAAUUUAUAUUUUUCUUCAAACUGCUUAUUUUAUAUUCAUAAUCGUUUGUAUUGCAGUUUAUCCACGUUGUCAACAAGCUGCUGAAACACCAUGGUGGUUAAAUAGUGUAUUUCUACGUUUUUCAACUCCUACUAUGAAAUUCAAUGAUUUAAAUGAAAAACUUACUGAUUAUAAAAAUAAUUUUAGUAUGCAAACUAUUUGGCUUAGUUCUGUUUUACCAUUAUCAAAUGAAUUAAAUCCAUUGACUUGGACAGAUAUUGAUGCUACUCUUGGUAAUAAUAGUACUUUAAUAAAUCUUAUUGAUAGAGCACAUGAAAAUAAUAUUCGAAUAAUUGUUGAUUAUCCAUUAAAUCAUUUAUCUAUUCAAUCCUCGUAUUUUAUUUCUAAUGAUGAUGAUUAUUUUGUAUGGAAUGAACAAGGUAAUACAAGUAAUUGGAUGACAAUAGAUAAUAAUCAAGAAUCAGCAUGGACUUUUAAUAAUCGAAAAAAUUCAUUUUAUUUACAUCAGUUUUAUGAUAAUCAUGAUUCGAUUGAUAUUAAUUAUAGAAAUAAUCGAGUUUUAAAUGAUACGAUAAAUUCAUUUUCAUAUUGGAAUAGAAAUUUUCAAUUUGAUGGAUUUAAUUUACAAGGUAUUAGUUAUACAUAUGAAGAUUAUGAAUAUAGAAAUGAAACAGAUAAUAUUAAACGAACAAGACAUCUUGAUGAAGAUUAUCUUUUACUUGCACGUAUAAGAACUGAAAUUGAUAAAGAAAAAAUUCUACUUCUCGAUUCAAUUGAUUCGUUAGCUACUACGAAUGAUGAAUUUUUAACACGUUAUUAUGGUGAUAAAAAUGGAUAUUUAGGUGGUGUACAAUUAGCUUCAUUAAAUAAUUUUAUAUUAAUUGAUGAAUUUCAAACGAAUAUAACAAUGUUAUUUAAUAAUUAUUAUAAUUCAAUAUUUAUUAAACAAGAUCAACCAUUUAUAUGGUCUUCUUUAUCGAUAAAUUCAAAAUUAAAUGAAGCUUUUUUUGCUGCAUGUCUAUUUCAUAAAGGUGCUAUUUCUAUUGAUAUUAAUAAACAAGGAGAACAAUUUACAAAUGAUCAACUUGAUCGUCUUCGUCAAAUAACAAAAUUUGCACAAACAUUAGAUGUUUUUCGUGUUGGUAAUAUUCAACAAAAUAUUCUUUCUAAUUCACAAUUCUUAACUAUAGAACGUACAAGACGUGGUGCAAGACAUCAUAUGAUUAUUAUUAAUUUUAGUAAUACUGAACAAGAAGAUACAAUUGAAUUAAAAGAUGGUGUAACAAAUGCCGUUGAAGUUCUUGUAACAAAUAUAUUAGAUUCUGGUACAAAAUAUGAAACAAAUGCAUUAAUUGAUAUGACAAAAUCUAUACGUUUAAAACCUUAUGAAUAUCUUAUUAUUCGUUGGUCACCAUCUAUUGAUGGACUUGGAAUUAUAUUUUAA